AUGGAAUGCAGUAUGUGGACUUGCUCUGAAAAUGGUGCUGAAGAAGACCUGCUUGAAGAUGUACAGUUGUUAGAGAAUCAGCUGAGGAGAGCUGAAAAAAUCCUACAGACUGUAGAGAAAGACCUUUCCAGCACAAAUGAACAUUAUGGCCACUGCUUCAAUGAGGCCAUAGACUUCACUCUGGAGGACUUUGUGCAGGCUAGUUACAGCUGUCAGGAGAAGAAGAAUGCUGGUAAAACAUCUCGCCAGGAUAUUCAAAGGAAAUCCAAAUCUUACUCAGUAUCCACAACUUUGGAUAAAGCUGUGGAAGAAAAUGGACAUCUUCAAGAGAAGCUGGAUGCCUUUCAAGGACAAAAUGCAUCUUGGACCUCUCAGAGCCACUACCUAAAGAACAGCGUGGAAGUACUGAACUUUGAAUUGAUGCAGUUGAAAACAAAAAUCUCGUAUCUUGAAUCCACUUCAGGCUCACAUCCAGUCAGCAUUCCGAAGCUGCAAGAACAGAUGCUAACCUUGGAAGCAGAAGUUUCAGCUCAGGAUAAAAUUCUGAUAGCAGUACAGCAAAGAAAUGAAGCUUUGUUGAACGCAGGGGAGCUGAGAAGAGCUUUCAAAAGGUAUAAAGCAGAAAUAGCUGAAAAAUUAGCAAAGGUGAAAGCCGAAGAAGUCAUCUUGGGAAAACGUUUAAUUAAUUGUGAAAAAGAGAAAGAGAAGAUGAAUGAAAAGUGUAUCGGCUACAGAAAGAAUCUAGACAUCCUAGAAGAGCAACUAAGGCAAUUGAAGGAAGAGAAUCGUAGCACAAAAGAAGAAAUUAAGACUCUAGAGGCGAAGAACAUUGAAAUGACAUCAAUGCUGAGUCAGUCCGAUCAGAAGAUCAUCAAGCUUGAGAGUGAACUUUCUGAAAAAGAAGUAUUACUUAAAGAGAAAAAUACUCUACUAAGUGAAAACACAGAGCUGAGAGCACUUACGGCACAGCAACGUAACCGCUUGGAAUUAUGUCAUCAAGAAAUUGAGGAUUCAAAGAAAGAGCUCAACAUACUAGAAACCAUUAUUUCUCAGCUGUCUUCAAGUAUAUCUGAAGAGUUUAAAUGGCACGAUUUCAAACACCUGCUAUUGAGUUCCUCAAUGAGAGAAGCUCUGUCUGAAUCUUGUGGUGAAUCGAGUAAACCUUUGAUUACAGACCUAAGCAUUAAACUGGCAACGAAAGAAGCAGAAAUUCAAAAGCCUCGUGCAGACUUAACUGUAUGUGCCAAAGUUCAGCAUCUUUCUAAUGAUGCUGAAGGACAAGAAAAUAGCAGAUUAUGUGACCUGGAAACAGAGCCUGUCAAAUUGAUUAGAAGUCAAGGAGAGAGGAGGAAAUGUCAACAGUUGGAACUUAUAAGCAAACAAUUUGAAAAGGUGAGGCAAAGAUUCCAGAAAGAGAUAGAAGAGUUACGCACUAAACUGACAAAAGCAGAUGAUGAGAAUUCUUCUUUGAAGACCAGCAUGGCUCAAAGAGCCAGUCAGUUUCAAGAGAUACAGGAAGACCUGAUGAAGAAGGCUUCAAAAACUAGUAGCUUAGAGAGAGAAGUAAGAAAGAAAUCUUCUCAGAUUUCUGCACUUGAGAAACAGUUGGAAGAAAAGACUAUUGUUUAUUCCACUGCUGCAGCAAGAAAUGCUGAGUUGGAACAGGAACUCAUGGAUAAAACCAGAUGCAUUCAUGAGUUGGAAGAAACGAUCAGUGAAGAACGUGAGAAAAUAACUAAUAGUUUUGAAAGUGCAAAGUUGAUCCACUUUGAGCAGCACAAAGAGAUGAAGAAACGGCUUGAACUACUUCGAAUGCAGCUGGAGAAGAAACAUCAACAGUGCAUUGAACAAGAAAAAAUAAUAGCCAUUUUGCAACAAGAGGUUAUACAUAAACAGCAUCACAUUGAAUCAUUGGAUGGGCUGCUGACAGGAUGCAGAGAGGUAAGGCUGGCUCUUCUUUAAAUGCAAAUCAAACAAGUGGCUAAUAAUGUACAACAACUAGAGUCAGCACUAAAUGUAUGUAAGGAAGAAGUUGCACUGUAUUUGAGGCAGUCACAAGAAAAUAAAGAGAUGUUUGAAAAUCUGCUCCAAGAAAAGUCUGAAGAGCUUCAUUGUUUACAGAAAGACAUCAAAAUAAAAGGUCAGAAUAUUCAGGACAUGCAUAAACAAAAUAUUAUCCUACAACAAACUUUGCAUCAUCAUCAGCAAAUGUUACAGCAAGAAACUAUCAGAAAUGGGGAGCUGGAAGAUAAUCAAAUUAAACUUGAAAAACAGGUAUCCACUUUGGAAAAAGAGCUGCAGAAGCAGAAAGCAUGUGCAGAAGAUGAGUUGAGAAAGGUGGAGGAGAAACUUCGCCUAGCUGCUCAGGAAGCAGAUUUAAACAGACACAAGGUGGAUGAACUGAACUGUACAAUCAGACAAAUUAAACUGGAGGCGGAUCAGUGCAAGAAUAAACUUACUGGUAUGGAAAGAGAAGUAGUGCAAUUAAAACGAGAUGGUGGAAACAAAGCAGAGCAGAUAAAUCAGUUGGAUAUCACUUUGGAAGAAGCACGAUCAGAGCUCAAUAAAAAGGCAAAUGAGGUGAACGGUUUAAAAGAUAAGCUGCUUCAAAGUGAGACUUGCCACAGGGAAGCCUUACAGAAAAUAGCAGAACUAGAAUCCACAUUACAGAAUGCCUGUGAAGAAUUAAAAGUCGCUUUAAAUCAGAUUCAGGAAUUGCAAGAUGCAUUGCAGAACAUACAGUCCUCUCUGGAGGAGAAGCACAUUGCUAUCACAGAUCUAACAACUGAGCUCAGGUAUUGCAAGAGGGAAAUUGAAGACAAAAAGCAAGAACUCCUUGACAUGGAGCAAGCAUUGAAAGAAAGGAAUUGGGAACUGAAACAAAGAGCAGCUCAGAUUACACAGUUGGAUAUGACAGUUUGUGAGCACAGGGGACAAAUGGAACAACAAAUAAUUGAAUUAGAGUGCAAUUUAAAGAAGGCAGAGUUUGAAAUUAAGGAGUACCAUAAACAGAUUGAGAGCUUGGAGAAGAAACUCCAGCAGUCUAACUAUGAGCUUCGUGAAAAAGAGUUUGCAUUGCUCCAGAGAGAUCAAGAAAUAAAUCAGCUGAAGAAAAAAAAAGAUAGAGAACAAGAUAGCCUAGAAGCUCUUGAAAAGGUAAAAUGUGCCCUGGAUACAUGA